UUUUAGGGCGACCCUUUUAAUGUCUUGAUUUUAAUGAAAUAAAUAGUUUUACGGAAGAAGUCAUGGCUAACGAAACGCCAGAAAGUGAUUUCUCGAUAGAAUGCUUCCAAAACUACACGGCACCGGAAGUGUUUGUGCAAGGACUAGCGGGAAUGGUUGAUCAAACAGAUGUGGAAACUAUCAUCAGGGCACAAAAGAAUAUGCUUCAACGCUUCGAAAAGACAACAGAAAUGCUGACGAACUGCAACCACCUGUCAGCAAGCCGGCUGCGCGCUGCCUCCACUGAGUUUAGGAAGCAUACUCAGCUCUUGCUGGAUAUGCGGAAGGAUCUGGAGUUUAUAUUUAAGAAGAUAAGGGCUAUUAAAACUAAGCUGAGCACACAAUACCCAGAAGCCUACAAAGCAGCCGUGAACGCGUCACUAGCAAACAAAAAACCCAUAGAGGAAGAAGAAUUCAAAACCACAGAACCGCACAUGGAAUCCAAAAUGGUGGCCACAGUAUCCACAGAAACAUUGAAACCGAUGGUUAGUGAAGAUAAGAAGAAAAAGAAGGAAGUUAAGAUAAAAACGCCUAAAGAAGAAGUUAAGAAGGUUAGGAAUAGCAGUUCUAGUGAUACUGAGAGCGCUAGUUCGGGUGAUGAUAGUAGUACGGAUACUGGAUGAGAUUAGAGAUUUUAUAUUACACUUGUAUCUCUAUUAAAGGAGAUUAUAUUAACUUUGGGCUUUGCAAAUGUCUGGUUUUGAGUAUGGUCAAAUGUGAAUAAAGGGAAUUAGGUAGAGUUGUGCAUGCUCGUUCACUGAAAACAUCGCUCCCAACUAGUACAAUCUCACAACUGUACUAGUUCAGUACUAAGAGCAGAAUCAUUAGGGAAUAGUUCGGUCUAGUACAUUCGAGGGAACUGUGUCUUUUUGAUUUUAUCACAUGUACUACACAAGCCUAGUAUUAAGUGUCAUAGAGAGACUGCUACAGCUAUUGGCCACUCCUAACAAAUCAGAAAGAAACAAGCCAAUUGAAGCCUAAUUGACCAAUGACUAUGUCUAUGUAGUGGCUUAUAAUUAUAGCAUUCACAUCAAUGUACACAAAUUGUAAAACAAUUCAUUAUUGUGCUAUUAUGACUUGGGAAGGCAUUGUUUUUUUUUUACACUACGUCGGUGGCAAACAAGCAUACGGCCCGCCUGAUGUUAAGCAGUCUCCGUAGCCUAUGUACGCCUGCAACUCCAGAGGAGUUACAUGCGCGUUGCCGACCCUAACACUCCUCUCCCUCGAGCUCUGGCAACCUUACUCACCGGCAGGAACACAACACUAUGAGUAGGGUCUAGUGUUAUUUGGCUGCAGUUUUCUGUAAGGUGGAGGUACCUCCCCAGUUGGGCUCUGCUCUAGAUCUGGAAUGACAUCCGCUGUCCUGUGCCCUACCACACAAAGCGAGAUGUCAUUCACAGUGCCCAUACCUCUCUUUUGGACGUAGUUUAAGGACAUACCCGGGUCCAAAAAGGAGAGAUAAAAUGCUCUAGUGCAGACAACGUAUCAUUUUCUGCACAGUAAAAAUAUCAGAAUGGAAAUUGUAUAACAAUUCCAUUUUAACUCAAAAUUUAAGUGCUUAUAGUUUAUAGUAAAAGAAAAAUCGUACUUCGAACGUAAAAUGCUUUAGUGCAGACACGUAUCACACAACGUCGUUCUGCACAACUUUUAGAACAACAAUGACCCUCUUUCAGAUCACGAGAAAUGAAAAAUUAUUGAAGGGCACCAACGAAUUCCAACAUUGACAACGGACUUUGGAAAUGAUACUAUUACUAACAACUAAUUGUUAGUAAUAGUAUUUAUUACCUGCAAAAAGACAAUAACUUACUCUUAUAUUCCAUGCACUUAUGUAAAUACAAUUCGCUAGAUUUAUUAUAUGAUACUCCAAGUAACAUGUCACUGUAGUCUGUAGGACGCACACACACGGAUUCUGAGGGCCGCUUACAGCCGGGGCCGCUUGUUCGGCCGCUGGCCGUCGUUCAUGAAACCGCCCAUGAAUCCGGGGAUGGCGUAGCUGUUUACGUGUGCGCCGAAUCCGCCGCGAGCCGGGAACCCGCGCGUGGGGAAACCGCCGCGGCCGCGACCGCCUCUGAAGUUGCCGCGCGCGUUGAAUGCGCCACCGCGAGGCCGGUAGUUGUUCUGGCGGUUGGGGUUCGGAUUGGCGUUGGGGCUGACAUUGGUGUUAGCGUUUACGUUGCGGUUCUGCUGCUGCGGGUGCUGCCGCUUGUUCUUGUUGGCGUUGGCGGAGUGCGCCUUCUGCUCGUCCUCGUCGCG